AUGUUAAUCUUCCCGCGUGAGGGUGAUCAGCGUUCUCGUUCACGAAGCCAACCGAGUUGCUCAUGGGAAGGAGCAUGUGAGGGAGAAGGACCAAACUUCGUCUCUUUGAACGGAGCCCUGGUUUCCUUUUUGAUACUAUGUAACACCUCCUCAUCAACAGACGUUUCCCGAAUAACCAUUCAUUUCAUGAAAAACCUGCGCUUGUUAGCAGCUGAAUCACUCUCUCCUCUCGUAGUGGGCCUUUUCUCAUCCUUAUCGUACGGGACUAGAGCAAGCUGGCUAAGCCGCAUCUUCUGCUUUCUUUGCAUUUUGCAUUUGUCUUUCAAAAACCCGUUCUUGCUGUUCUUUCAUCAGCAAAUGUGGCAAACUACUGGUGGUCUUUUCUUCAACUAUAAGAUCUCUGCUCAAGUCUUUAGAAAGCAAGAGUCCUGCUGUUGGAGUAAAGGCAUGCCUUUAGUUAAGGUAGCGAGUUACUUUCCGGUGAGAUGGUCGUUAUAUUUAGAUAAAGUAAAGGCGCCCGAUUGGAGCUCAUUGGUUCAGCAGGAAGAGGAGGAAAGGAUAAUUUACUACGAGAGUGCAGGGAUUUGCUCCUCAAUAGGUAUCGGGGUACGGAUAGAGUACAUUGAAACAUAUUGCUUGGUCGCUUUAAGAAUGGCUUUAUACGACGUUAGUGAGAGCAGAGUCCAAAGCAAAACCAAUUAA